CAAAAUAUUAAAAAUUCUUUUAAAAUCCUAAACGAAUGCACCCUUAUUCAGGGGUCAUGUACAACAGUGCCCAAUGAUAUGCGUUAGGUUUCAUUUCAGUGCUUGAAAUUAGCUGUUCGGUUUUCAUCAUAUCUUUGAAAAUCAAACGCCUUCACCCAAUUUGGAUAAGGAGAUCAUAAUAAUAAGUAUCGUAACCCUUCCAAUUCAUAGAAGAAAAUCGAGUUGUGCAAGCAAUCGCCGCUGGCGCACUACCCCGGAUUGCUCCUCCCCAUCUCACUCGUCUGCGCCAUCGUCGCCCUGCGCGCGCCGGUUGUGCAGCUCCUUACGCGGCGGCGGCUGCCUCUUCUUACGUCCUUUGCAGCAGUUGCUAAAAUCGACGAGGCCGUCAAGUCGAACAUCCACGCCUCGCUGAUGUCGAAAGCGCGGGUCUAUACAGACGUCAACGUGCUGCGACCCAGGGAAUACUGGGAUUACGAGAAUCUCACCGUCCAGUGGGGAGUUUUUACGCUUAGGGCCACUUAUUGGAUGGGGGAAACAUUGAGUGACCAGGAUGACUAUGAGGUUGUUCGUAAGGUUGGAAGGGGGAAAUAUAGUGAAGUUUUUGAAGGUAUAAAUGUGAACAGCAAUGAAAGGUGCAUAAUCAAGAUUCUGAAGCCUGUUAAGAAGAAGAAGAGGCAAAUCCAACCAUUAGGAUAUGCUCGUAUAUUGAUUAUCAUAAGAAAGGUUGUAAGGAUUAUAUUUGCUAAGGCACUAGAUCACUGUCACUCGCAGGGAAUAAUGCACAGAGAUGUCAAGCCUCACAAUGUUAUGAUUGACCAUGAGUUGCGAAAGCUUCGAUUGAUCGAUUGGGGUCUUGCAGAAUUUUACCAUCCCGGCAAGGAGUAUAAUGUUCGUGUUGCUUCAAGAUACUACAAAGGUCCAGAACUUCUUGUUGACUUGCAAGACUAUGACUAUUCUCUGGACAUGUGGAGCCUUGGCUGCAUGUUUGCGGGAAUGAUUUUCCGGAAGGAACAUUUCUUUUACGGACAUGACAAUCAAGAUCAACUUGUCAAAAUUGCUAGGGUACUUGGGACGGAUGAGUUGAAUGCAUAUUUACACAAAUACUGUUUGGAGCUUGAUCCUCAACUUGAAGCUCUUGUUGGGAGGCACAGCAGAAAACCCUGGUCAAAAUUUGUCACUCCAGAGAAUCAGCAUCUUGUGUCGCCAGAGGCCAUUGAUUUCCUCGACAAACUUCUGCGUUAUGAUCACGAGGAAAGGCUCACAGCAAGAGAAGCCAUGGCCCAUCCGUAUUUCUCGCAAGUGAGGGCAGCAGAAAAUAGCAGGACUCGGACCCAAUAGCUGUGCAUACUGCUGAUAUUAAUGUUGCAAUGUUAAAACAAUCCACCUAAUAUUUGAAUUUGCAGGAUUUUGCUGCUGCACUUUGGUCUUUAAUUUGGAAGUUUGUUUGACCAUCAGAUCAUAUAUUACUUUUGCACUCCACUCUCAAACUUAAAAACAAAACCUGCGAUUUAUCUCAUGUUUUCUGGUUCGAACAGUUUUCAGUUGAUUGUGGGUGCUUCUAUGUUCAGAUGCUCGCUCAUCUCUACUUACGCCUGUUUUUGUAGACUUCCAUCAAUAAAUAUAGACGACAAAUGGGAGUAUUAGGGAAAAAAAUGUCUUUUUACGGUAAUGUCAUAUACAUGACAUUUAAACCAGUCGUUUAUAAAAUAAUUGUUAUGAUUUUUCAUCCA